GUCCGCCGCUCUCUUCCACCCCGCUUGUCCAGCGAGACUCUCCUGUCAAUCGUUGCUCUAUGGCUUCAAUUGCUACGGCAUACAGAUUGUCGGCGCGAGCUGCCACUCGCCAGCUUCGAAGCCAUGGCACACGGAGAGCUUUUCAUGCUGCACCGGCCUCGCAGGCAGCUCAAAACUUCAAUAUGCCGGCGCUGUCUCCGACCAUGACCGAGGGAAACAUUGCAGCUUGGAGGGUGAAGGAGGGCGACUCUUUCAGCGCUGGAGAUGUUCUUUUGGAGAUUGAGACAGACAAGGCUCAGAUGGACGUGGAGGCGCAAGACGACGGCAUACUUGCAAAGAUCAUUCAAGGAGACGGUUCCAAGGCAGUCCAGGUUGGCACCAGAAUAGCAGUUACAGCGGAGCCCGGAGAUGAUCUAAGAUCCCUCGAGCUACCUGUGGACAGCACACUGGUGACAAAGAAACCAGAGGCCCCAAAAGAGCCAGCUAAACAGGAAGCCGUGCCGACACCGAAGCCUACCCCAUCCCAAGAUACCCCGAAGAAGCCCUCUGACGGAAGGGCACAGAAGCAGACAUACCCCCUAUACCCAUCUGUCCAGCACCUGCUGAGAGAAAACGGUCUGCCAAAGGAGGAAGCGGACAAAAUUCCAGCCACGGGUCCUAGUGGCAGACUGUUAAAGGGUGAUGUUCUCGCUUACGUUAGUCGCAUUGAGGGUUCAUAUGCUGAGGAACAAUCGAAACGGAUAGGGAAACUGACUCAACUGGAUCUCUCGAACAUCAAACUUGCAGCGUCGAAGAAACCAUCAAAGGCAGAAAAAGCGGUCGCAGCUCCAGCAAUUACUCCCAUGGAGGAGCCUGAUAUUUACAUUGCUCUACCGGUCUCUCUCAAGGCCGUGGUAGAGUGCCAGAAGCGCGUGCAGGAAUCUAUUGGGGUGUUCUUACCUAUUUCCAAUUUCAUCGCCCGCGCAACGGAACUUGCCAAUGAGGACCUCCCUAGAUCAAAAACUGUUAAGCCCUCCGCAGACGAGCUAUUUAAUGCUGUGCUGGGCCUGAACAAGGUCGCCGGGAAGGGGCUUUCUCGAGGUCAAUUCACACCGCAGGUCACUGCUCUGCCUCCUACGACCCUAAGUGCAUCAAGACCGACUACAAAGAAGGUUGAUAUAGUUGACAUCCUUACUGGGAAGAAGCCUGUCGCCCGCACGGGUAAGGCACCCCUCAUCGGCGGAGCGGAUAGGGUUAUCGCGCCCGUCAAUAUGUUUAGCGUCAGUGUGCCAAAGGGGGACGAGAGGAGAGCGCAGCUGUUCCUUGAGCGGGUGAAAAGUAUCUUAGAGGUUGAGCCUGGGCGGCUGGUUGUGUAAAAAAAAAAAUGGGAUUUCAACUUCGCCAUGUAGUUUUUGUAUAUUAUUACCGCAUGUCAUUAGUUAGAUGGGGCGCAGAAUGUCUUGGUCCAGCGGCUUCUAAUCCAU